GGCGCAUGAAUCUAAGAAGAAGGUUCCGUAAAGCGGCUUCCGGUCUCUCCGGUCCUUUUCCUUCGUUAAAAGGUUCAUCAUGUCGUCCCAUUUGCAGUGGAUGGUCAUCAGGAACUGCUCCAGCUUCCUCAUCAAGAGGAAUGGACAGACUUACAGUACUGAGCCCAACAACCUGAAGUCCAGGAACUCUUUCCGCUUCAACGGUUUGGUGCACAAGAAGACGGUCGGCGUGCAGCCUGCCGCCGACGGCAAAGGCGUGGUGGUGAUCACCAUCAACAAGAACUCUCGCGCCACCCUCAACAGCCUGAGGCACAUCAUCCGCAAGAGCAACUACAGGAGGGACCUGCGCAUGGCCGCCCUCCGCCGGGCCAGUGCCAUCCUGAAGAGCCAGAAGCCGGUGGUGGUCAAGAAGAAGCGCACCAGGGCCACCAAGACAGCCUAAAGCACCCAUGGUGAAUAAAUGAAUAAAGUCUUGUUUGGAGAAAAAAAAAAACAACCUUUUUUGUCCUGAACUUUGUUUGUAGUGAUUCGUUUUAGAAAGGGGGGGUGAAUAAAAUCCAGCCUCAGUGUCUCCAGA